UAGAGAGCAAAACUAUAUGAGAGUUAAAUAAAAUUAAUUUUAAGUUUAAAUAAAAUUGAAUAGUGAAUCGGCGUUGAAAUAAGGAGAGCUCAAGAUGUCGUACGGUAUGACGCUGGAUUUGUCCAUGGAUCCCAUGGAGGAGACCCGCAUCAAAAAGAAGUACUAUCGCCUGAUCAAGGAUCUGACGAAGAAGCAUCACUUUAAUCAAAUGGAAAUCGAAAGUUUGAUCCUGAUUUUCCACAAGAUCCGCAAGGACGGUGACAUGAAGCUUCCAGGCAUCACCAAGAAUCAGUUCCUCGACGUCCUGCACAACGGCUUCGAUAUGACCGACGACGCGCUGAUGGACCGAAUAUUCACGGCCCUCGAGACCGCCGGCACCGUCCAUCCGACUAUGAUCUCGAUGGAGACGUGGACGUCGGCGAUGUCGCUGUUCAUCAAGGGUACUUUAGACGAGAAGAUCGACCACUGCUUCGCCGUUUACAACUUGAUGGGAGACGGGAUGUUGGGUAGGGACAGCAUGUUUCAUCUGCUGAAGAAAUCGCUCAUCAGUUCGGGCAGCGACGACGACGCGGAGGAAUCGGUCAAGGAUAUGAUCGAGAUCAUCACGAAGAAGAUGGAUUUGGAUCGGGACGGGAAGAUCUCGUACAGCGACUUCAAGCAGACGGUUACCACGCAGCCGAUGCUCUUAGAGAGUUUCGGCCAAUGUCUUCCGUCGCGAAUGGCCGUGCACGCAUUCGCAUCGACGAUAUUCGCAGAACCAGGCAAAUUGUAAACGUACUCUCAACCUUAUAA